AUGUCCUUUGAUCGAUACACUGCAAUAGGCAACCCUCUCCACUACACCACUGUCAUGAGUGGAAAACCGUGUGCUCAGCUCUCAUUCGGCUCUUGGAUGGGUGGCUCUGUCUUUGUACAAUCUGUUCUGAUGUUUAGACUGCCAUUCUGUGGCCCCCACACCAUCAAUCACUUCUACUGUGACGUUAGGCCACUGCUGGAGCUGGCGUGCACUGAAACCAGCAUACUGAACAUCUUCACUUCCUUUUUGACCAUUGCCUCCUACUUUGGCAUCAUCUUUACCAUAUUGAGGAUCCCAUCUGCUUCUGGGAGACAGAAAGCUUUCUCCACCUGCAUUGCACACCUGAUUGUGGUCAUCAUUCUUUAUGGGACAGUUGUGUGCCUUUAUGUCAGCCCAGGAGGUCAGGCCUCACUAAAUAUAAACAAAGUCAUCUCCGUUCUGAACACUGUUGUAACACCAAUGCUGAAUCCUUUCAUUUAUGCCUUGAGGAACAAAGAGGUAAAGACUGCCUUGAAAAAAUCUGUGAUGAGAAAUAAAAUAUUUCAGGUCAAAGAAUGA